ACUAAUCCGCACACGGUGCCGUUUGUUCGGUGUUUCCGCAACCGAAAAGUCCUGUAAUCCCGUGCCAUGGUUCACGCCUACGGCAACGAACAGCAGCAGCAGCAAGUCCCAGCGGUUCCACUGGGAUCCAACAAAGGGGGACCGCACGGACUUGGCGAUCCCGAAGACCGGCGACUCCGGAAGGUGGAGCUCGAGGUGCUGAUUCCGAAGAUUAUGCGCGAACGGGCCAAAACGGAAAAGUGCACGCCCGAGGUGCAGGCAUUCGAAGCAUGCUGCAAAGAUGCGGGCCUGUUCAUGGUGGCCAAAUGUCAGCCGGCGAACGAUGCGCUGAAGGCCUGCACCCUCCGAUGGUACAGCGACGAGCAGUUCAAGCGGGAGUGCACCGAAAUCUAUCUGGAGGAGCGUCGAGAGUUCCGUAUAACGGGAGUGCCGAAAAAAUUCCGAAACGCCACUUAGUUCCGAGCGGUGAUGAAUGGUACAUAAAGUUAAGUUUAAACUACUAACAGAUUAGUUCAGUCGGUCCGUCCAGCAGUUAAAGCAGCGUUUAUUUAGCUAAGAGAUUGGUUGGGUUCUGAACGUCUUACAAACGCACCACACGGAUGGCACAAUGAUGGCCAGAAGUGUGGUGACGAAAAUGCCCAUCACGUCCAGCGAAUGAUACACGAACCACGGCAGGUCGGCUCCGUA